AUGAACCGGUUCGACAUGGUUCAAACCCAACAGCAUGUGGUUCUUGAUCACCCAAAAACCAACACCCCCAAUAGAGUCACACGUUUGGCUGAAUCCCUCUCACACGUGCUUCAUCUUCACAUUGACCCCCCUUCACGUACCAAUAAAGAAAACUUCACCUUGAACUUGCUAAGUGAUCACGAAAAGAACCACUCAACUCCACCCAUGUCUCCAAGAGAAAACAUCUCAAAAAAUUGGCGUGAAAUUCAAGGGUGUUUCGAUUGGGAAGACAUGCUAGACCCUCUUCACCCGUGGUUGCGUAGAGAAAUUGUCAAGUACGGAGAAUUUGCACAAGCAACCUACGAUGCAUUUGACUAUGAUUCUUUCUCUGAAUAUUGUGGGAGUUGUCGUUACAACCGUAACAAAAUAUUUGAAAAAUUAGGCCUUAGUAGAAAUGGUUACACCGUGACUAGGUACAUAUAUGCCAUGUCACACAUAGAACUACCACGUUGGCUCGAGAGGUCACAUGUUGCUGACACGUGGAGCAAAGAUUCGAAUUGGAUGGCCUUUGUAGCCGUUAGUGACAAUGAAGAGACACGUAGGAUUGGAAGGAGGGACAUCGUGGUGGCGUGGCGUGGCACCGUGGCACCAUGUGAGUGGUACGAGGAUUUUCAAAGGAAGUUGGAUCCAAUUGGCCACGGUGAUGCCAAAGUUGAACAUGGGUUUCUUAGCAUUUAUAGUUCUAAGAGUGAGAACACAAGGUACAACAAAUCAAGUGCUUCGGAUCAAGUCAUGAAGGAAGUGACAAAACUGGUGAAGUUUUAUGAGGAAAAAGGUGAGGAAGUUAGUCUUACAAUCACGGGACAUAGCCUAGGAGGUGCUUUAGCAUUGCUCAAUGCUUAUGAAGCAGCACAUACAAUUCCAAACCUUCCAAUAAGUGUCAUUUCUUUUGGGGCACCAAGAGUUGGAAACAUUGCCUUCAAAGAUGAGUUACAUCAAAUGGGGGUGAAAACUUUGCGUGUUGUGGCAAAACAAGAUUGGGUGCCAAAAAUGCCAGGGCUUUUGUUCAAUGAGAGCUUUAAAGUGUUUGAUGAACUCACGGGGUUGGAAUGGGUUUACACUCACGUUGGUGCUGAGUUAAAGCUUGAUGUUCAUUCAUCUCCUUAUCUUAAAGGUGGAAUGAACUUGCCCGGGUUUCAUAGCUUGGAGACGUACCUUCAUCUUAUAGAUGGGCACUUGAGCUCUAAGACACCCUUUAGGCCAGAAGCUAGGAGGGAUGUUGCACUAGUUAACAAGUCAUGUGAUAUGCUAGUUGAUGAGCUUAGAAUCCCACGUUGUUGGUACCAAUUGGCCAACAAAGGAUUGGUUUGUAAUGAUCACGGAAGAUGGGUUAAGCCCAAAAGAGACCCUGAUGAUGUACCUUCACAUACUACCGACUUAUGUAAUGAUGGUCUUGCACUUGGAAUGCAAACAUAUAAGAUGAGUUUGGUCUCCCCAUAAAGACAAGAUGUAAAUCAAAGUUUCUAUUAGGAAUAUUUUCAAACCCAAAUUUUAAGGGUUAUAGAACAGACUAAUAGUAUGAUGUAAUUAGACCUCUACAUAUGUAGUGCUAAAAUUUUGGAGUAAUGGUAAUCAAGAGAUUAAGAUUUAAGGGUAGAAUAGAACAACAAAAUUUUCAAUGUGACAAAACAGAGUUUACUGAGAAAGUCUAAAUUGAUCACAUAUUUUGAGGUUAAAAAAAUGAACAUUUAAUUCCUCCUCUCAUUGUCUAGUAUUUAUUCGCUUGCUAACAGAUGGAUCAUUGCUUGUCCCUGCUCUCC